GCUGUUUCUUAUAGAGCCGGAUUCUUGACCUGAAAAACCUCAAAAUCCCGAUAUGGCCAAAAUCGGGAUUCUUAUAGACCCGGAUUCUUUAGUUUUUCGGGUCAACAUUUUCCAGUUUCAGAAAUCCGGUCGACUUUCACCCGGAUUCUGAUGCAGAAUCCGGGUGAAAGCCCAACCGGAUUUUCUCACCCGAAAAAUUCAAUUCAAACGCUGGUUACGCCGCCCGGCUCACACACACACGCACACACACAGCACAGCACAGCACAAUACAGCGGCUACCGCAGAUGCGUGUCGCAGUGCCGGCGCUCUUAGGGCUGCUGGGCGUCGCCCGCCUCGGCUGUGCACUUGUAUUGCCCGCGGGACGUGUGGUUCACCGCCAAAUGGCCGAGACAGCAACCGAAAGUGGUGGUAUCGAUGUGCCGGCUGCCUUCGCCACCACGGCGGUAGCUACUGCCUCCCUGCAGCAGCUGCAACGUAGCGUCGCCGUCUGGGACGUUAUCAUGGAAGACUUCGAAGACGAUCUAGAGCUGGAUACAGAGGACGAUGAAGCGUCGAGGGAGGUGAAGAGGCGGCGUGUGUACGUUCGUAAAGACUACACGAAGUCGGGAUGGUGGCAGGAGCUCAUGGAGCUGCGAGAGACAGGCGAGACAGAUCACACGACCCGGGAAGCGCGGCGUUUUCGCAACAACUUCCGCGUCCCCUACCCGUUUUUCGUGCACUUGGUGGAGCUGGUGAGGGACAGAGACUGGUUCCCAACCGGGGAGUCGGAUGUCACGGGUCGCCAAGCCGUCCCUGUUGAGUUGAAGGUGCUGGCCUGUCUGCAGAUACUCAGCAGAGGAAAUGUGUUCGCAGAUAUCUACCACAUGUCCUUCAUCAGCUUUCAGACGGUGGCGUCCACCUUCCACCGCUUCUGCAAGUACUUCGCGGCGGAGCUGUACGACGAAUAUGUCUACCUGCCGACUGGGGAGGACCUGAGGAAAGUCAUGGAGCAGUACGAUCGCAUAGGUUUCCCCGGAGCCGUCGGGUCCACGGACGUCACCCACAUCUACUGGGGCAUGUGCCCCUACAACCAAGCCCGCAUUUAUACGGGCAAAGAGGGGAAGCCUACCGUCGCUUUUCAAGUUACGGUGGACCAUAGCGGGCGCGUUCUGGCGGUGACCCGAGGGUUUACGGGGGCGACGAACGACAAGACCAUCAUCCGCUACGACAAGGCGGUGACGCGCAUCCGGACGGAUCCUGUGUAUACGGAGCAGAAGUACAAGCUGUACGCGCAGGAUGGACAGCAGUUCGAGGAAAAGGGGUGCUAUCUGCUGGUGGACAAUGGGUACCACAAGUGGAGGACUCUCAUUCCCCCUUCCAAGUGCCCGAUCGACCGUGGCGACCUCAUCUUCUCGAAGAGGCUCGAGAGCGCUCGCAAGGACGUCGAAUGCUACUUCGGGAUCCUCAAAGGGCGCUUUCGAAUCAACAAGCUGGCCAUCGGCUUUCACAAGCAGGAAUACAUCGACAACGUGUUCUUCACCUGCUGCAUCCUCCACAACAUGCUGCACAGCUUCGACAACCGGGGGGACAUGAGCGAGGAGCCCAACUGGGCUGGGAGCGCCGGCCUGCACAACGCCGCGGAUCGCGACCCCAACACGGACUACAGCUCGGUCGGGUCAAUGGACGGUCAGCAUGAGGCGGUCGAGGUGGAGACGGGCUUCGGGGCGCUGCGGUCUAAGUUGGUUACGAACUUCGUGUACCGCAGGGAAAAGAAGAGGGACAUUGUGUGGCUGUCGUAGGGGAGGAAGGCGGUGCUGUUCUGGCCGUAGGUUUGACUCUAGGGUAACCAUGUGCGAGCGUUGUGACGGUUAUUUUUGCGGCAACAACGCGUUCGUGCACGUAUAUACAAGCUCACAGCCGGGAGAUUGGUGGGGGUGGCGGGCAGCCAAUUUCAGCAACACGUAGCAUCGGCUGUGUGUACGGGCGCGGACUUUUUUUCGAAGUUUCACCAGAACACAUAACUGAAACCGAUACGCAGGGAUUCGCAGCCUGUGUCAUGUGUACGUUGUCAUCGGCGUGUACACGAAGCGGCCGCUCUUUCGAGUCCAAACCUGGACUUCGGGG